AUGAAUGAGAAGAUUACUGAUUACCUGGCAGAUGUUAGACUGGAAAAAUGGUCACGAAUCCAUAUGCCAGCAAACAGAUACUCUACAAUGACUUUGAAUAUCGUGGAAUCAGUUAAUGCUGUAUCUCCCUCCAACCGGUCAGUGUUUUCUGUUAGCGAUGAAAAGUCAACAUUUGUUAUUGAUAUUGAACAACGUCCAUGUACGCUGCAAGUUGAUUUGAUACCGUGUCCACAUGCCUUGGCUGUAAUUGCAAAUACAAGGAGAGAUUCAUAUGCUUACUGUUCUUAUUAUUACACAGGAGAUGCUUAUAAUGAAUGGACAGUGCCUACAGAAGUACAAGCCAAAAUUGUGUUAGCUCUUAACCAGAAGAGGAGUUCUAGAAGACCUACUGAGAAGAGGAAGAGAUCAUCCAGAGAAGGGAAACCAACAGUGAAAUGUGGUCGUUGUGGAGGACAAGGUCACAAGUACUGUGCUGUGUAUCAUGUGACCUGUGUCAUAUGUGAAACGGAAGACCUGUGA